AUGUCAAGGUCAACCUGUACGGGUCUAGACCCCCUCCCGUGGAUACAGUUUGGAACGCGAUCAGGUCCCACAAUGUGAAUGUCAGGACCUUUUUAAAAAGCUCGUUUACGAACCGAGAGAAGGAAGUCGAUUCGGCAAUUAUCAUCGACUCAGUUAGCGAGGCAGCUGACGCUCAUCACACCGGCCAGCACGCUGUGUUCAUCAUUGUCUCUGGAGACAGGGAUCUCAUUGGAGCGGUUCGGAAGAUUACUGAGAGGCGCUUCGAGGUGCACGUAUGGUCGUGGAAAAACUCGCUAGCCAAAGCUUAUGACAGCCCGCCGGAGCUCGUCCAUGUGAAGCAUCUUGAUAACCAUUUGGAAGAGAUUGGCUUUGAGGAGAACACCUUCAGAGUGGACCGAUGUGCGAUCGCACCGGAAAGCUUCGUCAUUCUCGAUCCGCUUCGAGAUGUGCAUUCUGAUGCAUGCAAUAAGAUCGACGAAUUCAUCGACAGCUUGCUUAUCCCCAUCUACCCAUAUGAAAUGAACCGCCCAGACAUGAACCGCCCCGACCUCGUGGUUAUUCCUUUCAAGGAAGGGGUUAACGCAUUCGAGACUAGCGAGGGGGUGACAUUAUACCAGGCCGCGCAGAAAGAGCUCAAUAAGUACGGGGUUGAGGUAUUAAUGUAUCAGGAAUACUUCCGGCAGUACCACAAAGACUCCAAGAAAGAGCCUGUGCUAAAGACCUCUAACCGGUUCAAAGAGUUCGAGGUCGAUGUGGGUACGCCCGAAGACAACAACGUGGGAUGCAGCGAUGCAACUGAACCUGCGGAGGAAGUUCGUGA